AUGCUAUGCGUAAACUGCAGUAGCGAGUUAGGAGAAGCCGGAAAAUGGCGCCACCGUGACGACGAAGACAGGUUGAGCAAUCUCCCAGAACCCAUUCUUUAUCACAUCCUUUCGUUCCUCGACACCAAAUCCGCCGUCCGGACCUCUAAAUUGUCCCGAGUCUGGAACCGCCUGUGGAAACAUGUCUCUGUCCUCGAUCUACGUCAGGAUUGCUUCGGAGACGAUCCUUAUCCCUUCGAGAAAUUUGUGGACAAGGUUUUGUCCGUCCGCUAUCCCGUUAAGCUCCACAAGCUUACCUACGUCCAGAAUUUCGCCCCCUGGAGUGAAGACCACACAAGAAUGUUUGCCAAGGUCAUCAAGUAUGCCUUCUCCCACGACGCUCAACAUUUAGUGUUCGACACCGGAAGCAGGUGCCAACUUUUCGACCGUGCUUACAGAUUCUCCAGUUUGUUUCACUCAUACCCGACCCACAAUCAAUUCGUCACGAGAAGCAAAACCUCCAACAGUACCUUCAAUCUGAAAACUCUGGAAUUGAGAUGUGUCGCCCUCGACUCUGGCUUCUUGCUCUGUAGUAGGCUUCCGAUGCUGACGACAUUGAAGGUGACAAGCUGCCUGCUGCUUGGUACCGAUAGCUAUACCAAUGAGCCAAAGGAUUGUCUUGAUCUUUUCUCGAACUUUGGUGGUCUGGUGAAUUUGGCCAUCUCUGAUUGCUACUUUCUAGCGGAUCCGAGAGUGCGUCCGUUCUUGAGGGUCAGGGUGUCUGGACUCCAAUUGCUUAGCUUGGAAUUGGAGGGGAUGGAGAAAAUCAGGAUUGAGAUAUUUGCACCCAAGCUCAGGUUUUUCAGUGUUCGUCAGGAUGUGAAUGAUUCUCAAGGGUUUUCCGAGCUAUCGCUUCCUUCUCUGGAUCGUGCAGAGAUCGAGCUGAAUCACAUACAUAGAAAGGAAGCUUACGUGCAUCAUGAUCAAUAUUUGAAUGCUCUGUUCCAAGGUCUGCACAAUGCAAAAUCUUUGAAGCUGGGUUAUUCUACUGUUGAGGUAUAA